UUUCUACUUUGCUCCACAGAGACUUUACAACAAUUCGUGCUUGGCUUCGCCCCGACGUUAUUCCAUAGUAAACGAAUGUUGCCCCGCGGAUAGGACGAGAACUUGCGCGCUUGAAUUAGUUUCUACGUUACUCGGUCCACAUCUGGUCCGCAUAUUUCUUCCCGCUACACCCGCCUCCAGUGGAUCCGGAUAUUCGUUCCCGCACUUAUGUUCAUGCACAAGAAUUGAGCCUACAUAAUAAGAGUCCAAGCAUCUCAAGCGCGUGAUCCGAUUCCUGUUCGACAAUAUUGUAUUGUCACAGCAACAGCAUAUUACAACUUAAUCACACGUUGAAAUCAUUACAAUCCAUCGCAACUCUUCCACAUGUACACGUCUAUGUAGCAGUUGAUUCAGCUGCUUAGAGGCAAGAAAUUCAUGAUGGCCGAACUCGAUGCUAUUUUAGAGAAGUAUACGAAUCCAGAUACAGGAAGUAUCCAUGGGGCCUCCUUCGUAGCUGUUGAUAGCACAGGUAACGACAUUUAUUGCAAAUCAUUCGGUUACAAGAAUGUUAACGUCAAGAACUCCAAGCGGCUCACAUUGGAUACGCCAUCAUGGAUUGCUAGUCAAACAAAGCUCACGACUUCCGUGGCGGUCAUGCAAGUCGUUGAGAAGGGACUAAUAGGACUUGAUGACGACGUCCGAGACGUUCUUCCCCAACUCAAGGACUUGAAAGUUCUCAUUGGGUUUGAAGGUGAAGGGUCCAUCGCUGAGACGCUCGCUACCUCAGGUGAUGAAGGACCGUACAGCUCAAAACCAGUUGAGAAGCCCAAGGGGCCACCGAUCUUUGAAAAAAUCAUGGGCAAACUCACUCUACGACACUUGAUCACACACACAUCGGGAUUUUGCUACGAUUUGGCUGACCCACUCCUCAUCAAAUAUUCUGCUUGGACAGAGCGCAAAGACAACAUGUUUUCCGGAACCAUGCAAGGAAACCUUCACCCCCUCAUCUUCCAGCCAGGAUCAUCGUGGAAGUAUGGCCCAGGCCUCGACUGGGCAGGAACCAUUGUUGCGAAGCUUACUGGUCUGGACUUCAACGAAUACCAACAGAAACACAUCUGGGGCCCACUAGGUGCAAAGAACACAACCUUCUUCCCAAAUAGGGAGGGUCUCGAAAAGGAAGACCUUCAUGAAACAGGCAUCCGUGCUGAGGGGGAAGGCACGCAGGGUCUCAAGCCUGGAGACUGUCUCUGGAGAUUGAAUUCACGUGAUGCCCUCGGUGGAGCAGGAUUGUUCUCCACUCCCAACGAUUACAAAAAGCUCCUUUCCGCUCUCAUCUCUGAAGGGGGGCCAUUGCUUAGCAAGGCCUCUGUGGAUGAAAUGUUUCGUCCUCAAAUUGGGCCCGAAUCUACCCUUGGUGCGCGAGCGUUCCUGAAGGGCACGAAUCUGGAUAACACUCAAUCCAAUUUGUACACGGAUAGAUAUGAUGAAUGGGAGAAUUUCCAGGAGAUUGGGCAUUGUCUGUGCGGUAUCGUCACCACUGAAGAUGUUUUCGGACGUAGGAAGAAGGGCUCUAUCAACUGGUCGGGGUUGCCAAAUCUUAUCUGGUGGAUCGAUCGCGAGAGUGGUGUAGCCGCAACUUUCUUCACUCAAUUAUUACCAGUGGGUGAUCACGCUCCACGGAGGCUCCAAAUAGAACUAGAGGCUGCUCUCUACAAAGCAAUCAACGGCAAAUAGAUUCUACAGUAGGAAUAUAGAUAACGAGAAAUUAGUCUCCCUGUAUUGGCGUUCCUCAGAACAUGCAGUAGUGCCUUUUUGUAAGUUCAGAAUAAAUGGAGUAUAGCAGAUUCGGGGUUGAUUAUUGAAGGAUGUAAAAGCGUUUUAUCAGACCUGGAAUACUCAAU